AUGUUCUGUCCGCAAAAGAAUUCAUACCUUCAGCGUGAGAUCCCGAUGGAGCCACGGCUGAUCAAUAAGGCUGUGCGGCGCGCUAUGAGAAAAACUCUAAUCGUCCCUGACAAUGAUUUACCACCAGCCCGGCGACUAGAAUCCAUGCAGCCGUCCUUAUUUGCUCCCUGGGUGGACAUCACGCAAGCUCAUCUCGGCUAUGGCCGCCCCGGCCUUCGCAUUGUUGCGAGAGAACUCGUCUCAGAUGAUCCUAUAAUUCAAUCACAAGCUGUCCACACUAUUUUAGACAAGGUUCAAGAAACAGACAGCGCCCUACAUCUUUUAGAUUUGAAUGUUAUUUAUAAUGUUGUGAAUCUAGUUACUCACACCGACGCCAUGAUUCGAGAGAAGUCUAUCUUAAUUCUCACUCAUCUAUCUAACUACUACCAGGGGAAGCAGCGCAUCAUGGCACGGCCAGUCAUCAUCGAUCACUUCAUCGACAUACUGUGGAACGACUGUAAAGAGAUACGCUACGUGACAGCUCUCUGUCUUAAAACUCUAGCUAGAGACAGAUGCACUUGCGAAAAGAUUUUGCAAAAUGAUAGAAUUAUAGAAACACUCUUGCGAGUAGUGUGCAAUGAUCAUACAGAUAUUGUCGUAUAUCUUUUGAAUGUUCUUAGAAAAUUGAUGGAUUACGAUCAAGAGAGACCUCUCAGAGCCAAUGCGUUUCAAAUAAUGUGGCAUUUUAUGAAAAUUCACGAUAACAGGAUUGUUGUCGCUGCUAUGGAAUGCAUGACGCAGCUUUGCAAGCAUAAAGUCGGUAAGAAAUUAGCUGACCAGCAUGACAUGUUAAAGGAGAUGAGGAUGUACUUACUGGCGUCUGAUGUGGAAGUGAUGAUCAGCGCUGCGGGCUUGUUGCACUAUCUCACACUGACGGAUAUGUCGAAAUGGCGGUGCAAACAAUUCCAAUGGGACAUGAUCCAGCGAUUGGUGACCUUGGCCGUGGCGAGUAACCUACCGUCGUUGCAGUUGCGAUGUUUGCAAGUGCUGAUAAACCUGUGCGAUUGUAACGACAUAAGAGAGCACAUUAGGUACAUCUGGAAGGACAAGAUCCAAGGAAUAAAGGUUAAGACACAUGAGUCCUGGGACGGUUAUACGGAGUUUAGCACAUUUGGCUAUGAAACUGGGGUAAACUACCAAACUAUGAGCAUAGAAGGUGUCAAGACGAUUGAGGAAGAUUACGGUGACGGUGUGCGUCCUGUCACCUUGACCAGCUUUUGGAGACGUAUCCGUGAAGCAAAGAUGAGAUUGUUAAAAAUAAUGGAUACUUACCCUUAUAUAUGA